AUGGCGAACGCGCUCGAGUCGCACGAAAAAGAGGUGGAUGAAGUUCAUACGGAUCCGGAGGAGUUCCAAUCCCAAUCGUCUCCAUCAUCUGAAUCGUCCGAUUCGGACGACGAACCUUCUCACAGCCACAAAAAGUCGCAGCAGCCCCGAGAAAGACCCCCGAACAAACGACCCCCAGCCUCACGGCAGGCUACCGCACGAACUCAACGUACCGGUGACCUGCGAGACGAUGUUUCCCGGUCUCGGACCCAGGGGAGCCAGCCUCCCGGAGGGUUCUCGUUAGCAGGAUCCACUGCCUACUGGGGCGCGCCGCCUUCCUACGGACCCUACAUUCACCCGGAGUACCACAACCUCAACCCUCAAUACGGCAAAGACGAGCCCGGCAAGCCAGUCUGGAGUCUCGCCCAACCACUCCCUCACGUGGUCCGCGAUGGCAUGCGCUACGGAGCCUUGCCGGAGGAUCGCAAAGAGGAAGAGAGGGAGGAUGGACGAGCACGUCCUCCCCCGGCCGCCGAGGAACCGCCGACCGGGAUCCCUCAGACCGAAGAAUCCCAGCAAGAAGGAGAAGACCCGGACCAUGAUGGGUUCUUCAACAUCUGGUCGAAAAUCCGCUUCUACGCGAAAGAGCCAUUUGCAGAGUGGCUAGGAACAAGUGUGGCCAUCACCCUCGGUCUCUGCGCCGGUCUGUCGCACUACACCUCCCAAGAGCAGGCGGGGACCUACGUCUCGCAGUGCGCGGCGUGGGGGUUCGCAUUCAUGAUCGGGAUCUACAUGGCCGGUGGUGUCUCCGGCGCCCAUCUCAACCCGGCGAUCACCAUCUCGCUGUCCGUGUGGCGUGGCUUCCCGGCGCGAAAGUGCACGCUCUACGUACUCGCCCAGGUCCUCGGGGCCAUCACCGCCGGCGGCAUCGCCUACGCCAUCUACCACGACGCGAUCGUCGACCUCUCCGUCAAAUCCCAGCUGCCGCAGGCGCAGACGACCGCCAGCGAGGCCAUGCUGACGGGGCCCAAGUCGUUCGUGACGCCGGCGACCGCCUUCUUCGACGAGUUCCUCGGCAGCGCCAUCCUGGUCGGGAUCAUCUUGGCGCUGGGCGACGACGCCAACGCCCCGCCCGGCGCCGGUAUGCAGGCGUUCAUCAUCGGCAUCGUGAUCGCGGUGCUGCUGCUGGCUUUGGGCUACAACACCGGCGGCUGCUUCAACGCGCCCCGCGACUUCGGCCCCCGCCUGACCGUCCUCAUGGCCGGCUGGGGCGGCCAGGUCUUCACCGAGAAUAACGUCUGGUGGGUCUGGGGCCCCUGGGUGGCCGACAUCUUCGGCGGGCUGUUUGGCGCAAUGGUCUACGAUCUGGCCAUCUUCACCGGCGGCGAGAGCCCCAUCAACUAUCCCCCGCGCCGCCGCAAGCGCGCGCUGCUCAUCAAGGAGAAGAACUUGCGCAGCAAGCUGCGGAUUGGCCGGCACAAGAUCAAGGAUCUGGAGAAGGCGGUCGAGGAGAACCAGGACUGA